UAUACUUGGAAUAAUUCGGAAGAUAUGUUAGCAGUUGCAAUUUAUUGCAUUUUUCUCAUUGUCUAUGCUGCAUUAGGAGCAACGCAAACAGAAACAUCGAGCAACAAUAAUAAUAUUGGCUGCAUUUCCCGCUGCAACUCUGAAGAUAUAUUUAACAUAUCCCCCGGCAAAAGCAGCAACAUCGUUAGCAGCAACCCAGACAACGACAGUAUCAGCGACGACAAGAAACCUACGCGCAGUGACAUCGGUCGGCUUCACAGCGUCGAUAGUGACGGCAGUGAUAUUAUCCUCCAAAAUAACAACAACAACUACAUUAAAGGACGGUUUGUUCGCAUUCACUUCGGGAUAGUACACAGCGAUAACAGAAGUAACACCGGUGACAUUAAAGGCAACAACAACAAUAACAACAACAGCAACGAUAAUAAAAAGUUUAUUCGCAUCCAUUUUGAAAGAAAAUUUGAAAACAGCAAUACCGAUAAUACCGCCCAUACCUUUUCAAUCAACAGUAUUAAAGGGGAAAUCAUUUGCGAACCGUUCAGAACACUUUCUAAGCUCAACGAUAAGGAUACAAGAGACACCCCAAAGUACAGCAAUAAUGAAGAAAAAGGCAGCGACGAAAAAGGGAAGUUAAUUCACAUUCAUUUGAAUGAAGAACUUAACGGCGGCAUUAAUGAUAACAGAAAAGACACCCUGACGUACACUGACGAAGACAACAACAGCGAAAAAAGGGUGUUCGUUCUCAACCGGAUCGAGCUGAUGUUAUAUGGCGAAAACAACAGUAACAACCUUGAAAGCAAAAGUGAGGACAAAAACGAUGAAAGAAAGCCCAUCCGUUCUGAUUUCGCUCACGUUUAUAAAAGCCACAUUAACAGGGGUAGUAACAAUGCCCCAAAAAGUAACAGCCAGGAUAGAUACAGUAACAAAAGGGAUGAGCUCAUUCGCAUUCAGUUCAGCUACAAGCUUGAUGAAAGCAACAACAACAGCAGUAUCAGAAGCGACGUCCUGAAAAAUAUCGAGGAGGGUGAACACGACAAAAGAAGGUUCAUUUGCUUUCCUCGCUUAUUGUUUGAUGAUCGCAACAGCAGCAGCAUCUUUGAAAACAAAAGUGAAGAUAAAAGCGAUAGGAACAAUUACAUUCACAUUUGCAUAAUAAGUAGUGUAAAUAACAAGACUGGCUUCAGCAUCCUGAAAACUAAUGAUGAGAAAAACAAGAGUAACAACAAUAAUAAGUGGUUCUGGCGGAUUCUUGCCUGCAGAAUAUACAACGAUAGCAGCAAAACCAAUAACCAGAGCGACAGAAGAAACGCAACGAAGCUUAUCCUCAACCGCCUCACGAGAAAAUAUGACUGCACCAGCUUUAGUGAUGGUACUCAGAAAAGUACCACGGUAGAACUGCUUAGCAGUGGUAGCUUAAACGAAAUGAACGGCACCAACUACAUCAAUCUUAGCGGCAACAACAAAAAAGAAAAAUUAUUUUUAACCGAUUGUUGCGGAUUUUUUGUCAACAAUAAUAACAUUAACACCAAUAUUCCUAAAAUUAGUGGCGAUGAUAGUAAAGGGAAGUUCAUCUGCACUUAUGGCAAUAGCAGCAACAUCCUGAAGUACAAUGAAGAGGACAACAACAGCGACAAAAAAGGAUGGAUAAUUCCCGACUGGAACCCGAAAGCAUUUGAUGACAGAAACAACAGUUGCAUCCUUAAAAGCAACAAGGACAUAAGCGACAAAAAGAAUGUUACUCGUAUUUAUGACAUAAUAUUUAACGAGAAUAACAGCGCUGGCAACAUCAUCUUAAUAGCCAGUGAUGACAACAGCAGCAACAGCAACGGCAGGAAAAGAUGGCUCAUUUGGUUUCGCAUUUUAUCAUUAUCUAAUGACAGCAACAAAACCACCAACGACAUCGGCAGCAAAGACGGAGGUAUCGGAUGCAUUAAUUUCCGUUUACGGUUUGAUAACAGCAACAGCAGCAGCACCUUUGAAAGCAAAAACGAGAACAAGGACAAAAACAAGUUCAUUUGCAUUAACAGCAAGAAUAACACCAGUAAAUGGAAGAUCGAGUGGUUUGAUUCCAUACGCAUAUUUGUCGACGGAAACAAAAUUAUUAGCAGCAUCAUGAAAAACAGCAGCACGAAGAGCAGAAACAGUGCAAGGGUUUUCAUAAGAAUCUCUAAUUUUGGAGAAUUUAGGGACGCCAAUAGCGUUAGCAAUAAUACGCAGAAAAAUACUAGUGUAGAAUUAACUGGUAACAUUAGCUCAAGCAAAAUAUACGACUCCAUCAGCAUCAUCCUCGACGACAGCCUUUGUUCCAAAAGUGUCAAUGAUAAUGACAAUAGUAACAACAAUGACAAAAAACUGCGCAUCCACAGCCGCUGGGCAAUCAAAAUUCACAAGAGUAACAGCAUUCUAAAGAGCAACAACGAGGACAAAAACGCUAAAAAGUAUUUCGUAAAGAUUCAGUCCGGAUCAACGCAUAGUGGUAGCAAAAGAAACAGCAGCAGUAGCAACAACCCCAUCGAAUUCAUUCACAUUAAUUUUGCAAUACGAACUGGUAAAAGACGUCGCAACAACGCUGACGCCCUGAAAAACAACAACGAAAUCAACAAAAGUGAUCAAAAGAAGUUCAUUCGUAUAACUUUCAGCGCGGCUUCUAGAUACAGCCGUGACAAAACCAACAUCUUUAUUAGAGAUGUUGGUUUUGGUAACGUGGCCAACAGUGGCGACAACAAAGAGAAAUCGCUCUGCUUCGAAUUCGACGAUGCGUUUAAAAUCAACAGCUGCCGCGAUUUCAAAUUCAACGAUGAAAACAGUAACAAUGACGUUAAGAAGAAAUUCAUUCGCAUUCGUACGGACUAUAUGCGUAAGAACAACAAUAGCGGAAGCGACGUUCUAAAACACACCGAACAGAAUAUGAGCGACCAAAAGGGGGAGAUAACUUGCUUUCCUUCCCGACUGUUUAAUGAUACUAGUAACAGCAACGUUUCUGAAAGCGACAGCGCAAACGCAAAUGAUAAAAAGGAAUGUACGCGUAUUAAUUUCUCGGAAGAACCUGAAGACAACAAAAACAACAGUAAAAGCAAUAUUCUUAAAAACAGCAGUGAGGAGAACAACAGUGAUAAGAAAGGAAUGUUCAUUAACCACCGUUUUACCUUAGCGUUUGGUAGCAAAAAUAGAAGAAACUUCCGAAGAAGCAACAGCGAGGGUAAAAACGAUAAAAAAAAGUUCAUUGACACAUGUUUCAACAUAAUAAUUAACAGAACUAAUAACGUCGGCAGUACUGCCCUGAAAACGAACAAUAAGAAUAACAGUAGGAAUAGCAGUAAAAAGUGGUUUAAUUGGAUUCGUUUCAGGUAUUUAUUUGAUGACAGCAACAAAACCCUUAAAAGUAGUUUCCAGGAUGGCAAUAACAAUGCAAUGAAGUUCAUCAACACUUAUUUCCUGGGAAAAUAUAGCGACAGCUGCAAGUUUAUUAAUAAUACUCACAACAGCAUCAAUGUCAAAUUGCUUACUAAUGACAGCUCGAUCGAAGUGGCCGGCACCUUCGAUGCCAGCUUCAACGACACACUUUGUUUCAACACCAGCAGCAAGAACAAUAAUGAAGAGAAGUUCUACAUUCAUUUGGCUUGGGUAAAUAGUUGCUACAACGAUAGCAGCAUCUUUAAGAAUCAAAACGAAAUUUAUGAAAACGAUUUAAAGAUAUUCAAAAACACUAUUGUCCGGGAAAUUACUAGGUGUGACGAGAACAGUAUCAGAGAGGUUCUUAGAAAGAACAAUGUGGAUGACGACGGUAACAAUAAAGUGAAUUUCCCUCACAUAAAAUUCCGAAUGAAGUUCGACAACUACAAAAACAGUGACAACGAAUCCCCGAAAUCUAGUGCCGACGAUAAAAUCACUGAUGCCAAAGGGAAGUUCAUUCGCAUUCAUUCUAAUCUAAAACAUCAAGAGAACGACAGCAGCAGAUGCAGCAUUAUGAAAAACAACAGUGAAGGCAACAAAAACAAGAAAAAACGAAUGUUCAUUUGGGCCCGUCCCCAGAUACUACUUGAUCACAACAGCAGCAGCAGAAGUAGCAACAGUAACCGUCCCAAGAACAAACAGCAGGAUGUCAAAAUAAAUGCAACAAUAUUAUUCUGCAUGAAUUCAGGUCAAUUACUGGAUAGCAGCAGUGGGAGCAGCAUCUUUGAAAAUGUCAGUGUGGCCAAAAACGAUAAAAAGGAGUUCGCUCAAAUCGAUUUCGUUUUUCCAUUUAAGAGGGACAACAACUUGUUAAGCAGCAAGGAAGAUAACAACAACAAUAAGAAAUUGAUUAGGACUGACUGA